AUGAAGAUGCUCCUGCCGCUAAGUACGUAUUUACUAGCGAGUACAGUAAAUGCGAUGACUUUCCAUGAAAAAGUGGUGAGCAAGAAGAUACGGCAAGAAGCGAAAAAUCCGCUACUAACACCACGAAAUCUCUUCGUGGGGAAAUCGGAAACAAGCAUGCUCUGCAAAGAUCGCCCGCUAGGAAAUCAGUGCUGCGCAGGAGAAGAUUGGAAUUGUCAGCCGCCGAACUCGGUGUGCUCUUGUGAUCAGGGCUGUGUCCGGCAGAACGAUUGUUGCUCCGAUUAUGAAGAUACGUGUAGUCAUAUGCUCGGGACCCCGAAGAAGACUUGCAAAGGAACAGGGACGGCCAGAGCUAAUGGAGACCCACAUUACAUGACUUUUGAUGAAAAAGUCAUUCACUUUCAGGGCAACUGCACAUACUUGCUGAGUAAAAACUGCAAAGAGGGACCAGUCGAUUUUAAAAUCUUUGGUCGAAACGAAAACCGAUAUGGUAACAUGGACAUGUCUUGGACAAAGGACAUCAUCCUCAUGUAUAAAAACAUAAAAAUCGAGCUUCUCAAGGGAGGCAAAGUAAUGUUAAACAAUGAGCGGGCUUAUACGCCCACUCUACUUCCUGACGGAACAAAAAUUGAUAAAAGUGGCAAUUACGUCUCCAUUUCCACCUUUUUUGGAAUUCAAAUUUUCUACGAUGGCGAGGGAAAUAGCGAAAUCAAAGCGUCUUGCGAUUGGUUCGACAAGCUCUGCGGAUUGUUGGGAAACUACAAUGGUGACUUCAAUGAUGAUUUCAAGGGAUCAGAUGAUGUUACCUACAAUGAAAUGUCAGUAGAGGCAUUCGGAAAGUCGUGGAAACGACCCGGAUUGGAUAACCGUGAUGGAUGUGGCGCAGAUUUGAGCGAACUUCAACCCCGUACCCGACCGUGGAUGAAAUGGGUUGAAGAGCUUGAGCAGCGACCAAACGGUACAAUGCCUCACUGUACUGAGCAACAGUUCAACGCCGCCAUUGACCGAUGCAGUAUUCUUAUUGAUGACAUGGCAAAUUUUCAACAAUGCUUUGACAAUGUUCCGCCUCAGAAAUUCUACGAAAACUGCAUUUGGGAUCAAUGUGCUACAAAACUCGCGGACGGAGCUUUUUGCGAUUCUUUAGCUGCUUAUGGCCGCGCGUGCGCCGACAAGAAAGUUCCGAUUAACUGGAGAAACAAAUACUUGUGCCCCGCUCAGUGCCCGGCAAACUCGCACUACGAGCAUUGUGGUAGCCAGUGCGUGGCAAGUUGUGGUGAUCCAAAGCCGAAGUGCAAUGAUAUGGAUGCAGGUUGCUUCGAGGGUUGCUACUGUAAUAAGGGAUAUCUCUGGAAUGGACUCAAGUGCGUUAAAAACGACCAAUGCGGUUGUGUAGAUGGCGACAACACCUACCAGAUCGGCGAGAGCUUCCUACGACGCGGCUGCUCGGAGGAAUGUAAGUGUUCGGGUGUUAAUGAUGUUAAGUGUAAGCCGAACGCGUGUGACGAGUGCGAUGUCGAAGACGGAAUUGAAAAAUGUUGGCCAAGUGUGAGAAAGAUCACAAUUCCAACUUUGACGACUGCCAGACCAACAACCAAGAAGAAUCGAAAUAAGAAGAAGAGAACAAAACCGGCUAAGACAACCCCAACGACGACGACAACAACGACUGCAGAACCAACAACAACAGAGGCUCCGACAACGACAACAGCUGUGUUCGGGUACCUUCGACAAGGCCCAUUCGUGCAGUGGCCUGAAUGUCAAAAGAAAGACUAUAUCCACACAAAUCGCAUCCGGCCGGAUUGGAUCCAGCCUAACGCUUGUUGCGGUCAACGACCGUAUAAUGAUGUCGUUACAUCGUGUUGUCUCAAUAGACAGCUUUACGACCACGAUGAGGCCAAAUGCUGCGAAGAAGUCGGAGUGGUCGUUCCAAUCGAUGAAGACUGCAGGCGUGAAAAUCAUAUCCACGAACACCAUUCGCAAAACAGUUUAUCUUCAAGUGUGCUGUAA